ACAUUUCGUGCGACUUAUCUUGCACCCGUCAGUCCACUGCAAACAUGGAAAACCCAGAGAACCCACGAGUUUUCUUUGACGUGCAAAUAGGAGGAGAAAAUGCCGGUAGAAUUGUCUUUGAAUUAUUCAAAGAUAAGGUUCCUAAAACAUGUGAGAAUUUCCGGGCUCUAUGUACUGGGGAAAAGGGCACUGGAGAAUCCACAGGAUGUCCACUCCAUUUCAAGAAUUGUCCAUUCCAUAGAAUAAUAAAGGACUUUAUGGUCCAGGGAGGUGAUUUUUCCAAUAAGGAUGGGACUGGAGGAGAAAGUAUCUAUGGAGCCAAAUUUGAAGAUGAAGGUUUCCCCUAUAAACAUGACAAAGCAGGUCUUCUUAGUAUGGCUAAUGCAGGCCCUAAUACAAAUGGGUCCCAAUUCUUCAUUCUCUGUAAGCCAGCACAUCAUCUGGAUGAUAAACAUGUAGUAUUUGGAAAAGUUCUCAAGGGAAUGGGUGUUGUUCGUGAACUGGAGAAUGUGGAAAAAGAUGGAGAGAACCCAAAACUGGAGUGUGUUAUAAGUGACUGUGGAGAGCUUGCCCCUGGACAGGAUGAAGGUAUGUCCACUGAUGAUAAAACAGGAGACAACAUUCCCGAUUGGCCAGAGGACUGUGAAAUAGACUUCAAUAAUUCUGAGAACAAAGAUAAAGUGUUAGAGAUGGUAAAAUCCAUUAAAGACUUCGGUAACCUGUUGUUUAAAGAGCAAAAAUAUCAGCCAGCAAAGAAAAAAUAUAAAAAGGCUCUAAGGUAUCUAAAGGAAGUGGACAACAACAUGGAUUUAAGUGAUGAAGCAAACAAAGAAAUUGAAUCCACAUGUCUAAUUCCUGUGUCCCUUAAUUUAGCUGCUUGCCAUCUUAAACUGGAAGAAUAUGAACAAGCCAUUGAACAAUGUAAAGAAGUACUUGCAGCAGAUGAUAAAAAUCUGAAGGCACUGUUUAGGAAAGGGCAAGCAGAAUAUGGUCGCAAGAACUUUGAUCAAGCUCUGGCUAGUUUAAGUGAAGCAGCUAAACUGGAACCAUCUGAUAAAGGUACUGUUUUCUUUAGUCUUGAAAUCAUUGGCCAACAUUUCUUAUGUUCUAGAAGUAGUAACUUUUCCUUCAAGCAUUGUAACCUUCAUUUCAAAUGAAGGGGCAAGUGAAGUGCUGUGAAUACCUGUAUUUGAUUCACACCUAUUGCUAGCUACAUUUUCACACAGGAGAUACAGUGUAUACUAGUAUUAAAGAAGUAAGGUAGGGAUGUCAAUCUUAUGUCUUUACAUGUAUGAAGUAGAUCCAUUGCCACCCAUGCUAAACAUUCCUGAGUGCUCAAGUAAGCUUCUCCAAUAAAAAGAAAAUUACAAUGUCUGGGUUGAUCUCAACCAAAUUUUCAACAUAAGUAUCCGGAAGUAAAUGGGUUUUUUUUUUUGUUGUUGUUGAUUUUUUUUUUUUUUUUUAUCAAGAUGAGAUAUUUGAAAAUACAUAUUGUGCUAAAAGGAUUGUCUCAGUUAAAAAUCUUCUCAAGAACUGAUCAGCAUAGACAAAACUGUUGAUUGCUUGUACAGUAUGUAUGCAUGAUUAGUGUGGAUACAAGUCAAACCAGUCCGCAAGGGGGGGUGUGUGUUGGGGGGGGGGGGGUGUUGAGGUUUUACAAUGGAAUAUAAAAGAAAAAAUCUUUCUUUCUUUCUUUCUCAAGAAUUUAACAUCAAUGAAACCAUUUACACGUGUAUCAAAAUGUUAUGUUUAACUCAUUAUUAUUCUUUUGUAGUGUAGAUUCCUAUUUGUUGAAUUUGUGCAACCCCAGGGUCAUGAUUGUACAAUUAUUGACAUUUUUUAUGUGAAUACGAUGCUUUAGCUUCCUGAGCAGUGCUGUAUUCACUGAGCCAGGAGGUUGAGGGGAAUUUGUACAGAGGAUUGCUAAAGCAUCAUACUAACCUCAAAAAUGUCAAUUAUAUUAAAUUGUUGUAUUGUAUUACUGAAUAAUUCAAAACAUGAAAACUGGCUACUGGAGUCUAUGAAACAAUACUUGACUGGUCAUCUUUUGUUUACAGCAAGAGUGCCAAGACCUAGUUUAAAGUCAGCGCUCUAGAUGCUAGUUUUUGUUUAUCAUAUGCUUGAUUAUUUUAAAACAUUGACACCAGUUGCUAGAGUUUACCAAACAACACCUGGUCAGUCAUCUUUGUUUACAACUACAGUGCAAGCUUAGUUGAUAAUGAUUAGAGACACAAGUUUUAAUUGGAUGACUGAAAAUUGAUAAUCAAUCCUAUCAAUUUCUUUCUAGUUGAUGUUAGAAAAAUCUGAUAGUAUAUUCACGCUGAAGGCCAAUGUACAUGAAGUUGUUAUUUUCAGAACUAGAUAAUGAUUAAAAAGACACCUAUACAUUUUAAGAUCGAAGUCAUAAUAAGAUAAUUAAUGUCUUUCUAUCCACAUUUUUGUGGCGUGUGGUAUGUUAUAUAAUUUUUAGCCUUCACACUUUAUUCAAAGCAAGUGAUCAUACAUUCUUGAUCUCGAGUUAUAGGUUUAAAACUUAUCCCCAAAAUACAAUGUAUGCAGUAAACUAAAUGAGUGCAUUUGGAAAGUUGUACUACAUUGUUAUUGAAACCAUUGAGCUUCUCUCAAAAUGUUUUGUUGAUAUACAUAAACCAACUGUUAAAGGUAGGCAGUCCGUUCCUAAACGUAAACACUGGCACUGUCACAGCAAUCGGUAUCAAGAAAACAAUCUGAUAUUUUUCAUUUCAGGUAUCCAGAGAGAGUUAGCAAAAGUGAAGAAAGUUAUUGAAGAAUACAAAGCUAAAGAGAAGAAAAUGUAUGCCAAAAUGUUUGCAUGAUCCAUAAGAUCAUUAGAUCUCUGAAAUAAACUGUUAUGUUUGAGAUUAUAGUAUACAUAGACCAUUUCCAACCAUUUGCUUUGGGAAGUAUUUUCCAAUUUAUGAUAUGCCAAAAGGAGUUAUAUGUAAUUUCCUUCAGUGAAAGGGAACGAAAUCAGAAAUUAUUCUAGAAAUGAUUAUUAUACUGACUGUGCAUUUUUUUCUUAUAUGAAAGAUUAGAUUUAAAAAUAUUGGUUUAUAAUGUUGAAAAAUGCUUUUUCUUGCAAACAUUUUCAGUAAAAUAUAGUUACUGCAAACCUCCAGUGAAAAACAGUUUCUUAUAACCAUACUUUGCUAUAUCCAAUAAAAAAAAAAAAUCGUUAUUUUCCUCUCAGAAGGGAAUAAAUAUCAUUUCACAAUAAGUGCGAAUCCGUUAUAGGUGUGAUUGUUGUAAGUGUUUGUUAUAAGUGUGCUUUACUGUACCAUCAUAUUAAUAUUUGUAUUUUCAAACUUUCUCACAUUUCUAAUUAAUUUUUUUUCUGUCAUCUGUCUGAACUUUUACAUAUUUGACAUUUUGUCAAGAAACUGUGGGGCUAAUAAGAAUUAAACAUUGAACAAAGUAGUUUUGUGAAGGACAGGUGAUAUGUUGUUCAACAGAUAGGAUCAAUACAUAAUGCAAUACUUUGAUAUUAGUUUGCUUGAAAGCCCCCCCCCCCCUUUUUUUUUUUUUAUGGAUAUAUUCAGAACAUUGGAAAUUGGGUUAGAUCAUUUAAAAAGAAAUGAUAUAUGGUGGUUGAUUUAACUGUGUUUACACCUUACAUUAGCUUCUCAUGAAUCAGAUUUUUUUUCAAUAUGGUCUGUAUUCUCACAUAGUGCAUCAUCAAAAACCACAGGUUAUUGUUUUAUUCUGUUUCACAAAAAUAGUGCAAUAGAAUGUAAAAAUAACCUGUGGUUUGCGACGAUGCACAUAGUGUAGAGUUUUGUAAAGAACAACUUCAAAGUGCAGAUUCUCUCUUGUUCAAAACAUGAUUCCAGUCAGAGUCUGGCCGCAAUUCUAUAAAGAAUAAGAAAGCUUUUAAAUAAUAUAUCAAAGGAAUAUGCAAUCAUCCAUUCUAAUAUUUGAUUCUUUUUGAAAUAUGGGUGAAUGAGAAUUGAAACUGACUGCAAGUCUGUUAUCAAUCCUAUUCAUUGACUGGAAAUUCAUUGAAUUUUGGUAUGAAGAGGAGUCCAAAGGUUUAAAGAUUCAAAUCUGUUUAGUAGAAGAGUAAGCACUGUGGUCAGUGGGCCUCUUGGUUUCAUCUGUUAUACGCAAUGUUCUAUUGAUUUAUUCUGUUAUUUUCAUUGGACCAAAAUGAAAAAUGGAACAUAUUAUGAAUUUAGUGAAAAAUGUGUCAGAACUUGAGAAAAUAAAGACUAAUUUUGGUUUUCCUAA